ACCACCUUCAGACUUAUUAAAGGCGCGUUGUGAAGAACUUCGAUUUUUAUUUUGAUAUUCAUACACAUAGUAGUGUCCUGUCCAAGAGUUGGCUUUUCACCCUUGUUUUCAACAGACACUCCACCACCCAAUCUUCCACCCGUUGUGUUUGCACCCUUAUAUAUACUUUUAGCAUGAAUUAUUUAAUUCCCUCCGAACCGAAAGCAAGCACAUGAGCUGUUCCUCGCGUUCGAUAUUUCUUACGUCGACGUCACAGCACGACCAGUGACAUUGCUUUGAAAUAUACAACGCCUUCUUCAAUCAGUUUCAGUUUCUAUUCUACGUCGAAGAACUAGUUCACAGAACGCCAGACAAUGUACGACCGCAUUUCGCAAAUGGACCUGGAGCAGCAGCAGUCUCCACCCCCGUCUAAAACCGUUGCGGGUAAACCUGCCCUGUUCGGCUCCGCGCAGCAACAGCAGCAGUUACCAAUGGGAAACAUCCCUGGACGUCUGGAAGGUUGGAACUUGUGAUGCUAACUUUGGAGUCUAAAAAAAUCUGUGUUGCAUGACGAACAGCAAAAGGAGUGCACUUUGUGGUACGCGGGGACGAGGGCAUUUGUCAUGCGGGAUAGGCAACAUCAGGGAGCCUUCUAAAAAUCUGUGAUGCUUCUACGUCAUGCAUUACAGGCGGCAUGGGUCAGGGAAAAUCUGCAUUACAAGUCUUGCACCCUUCCAGACCCAGACAUAUUUGCAGUUCAUAGCAGUACUACAACAAUUACAACGAACGGGGGACGAGGACCAUGUCAAGCCUAGGGGCCGAUUAUCAAAUGUAAAAAUGUCUGGGUCUGGAAGCUUGUGAUGCUGGACGGCGUCUCAUGUUGAGGCCACAAGUGCUGGCUCAGCAUGACAAGUUUCUGAGCUUCUAGGUGUUGCCUAUUCUGCAUGACAAACUGCGUUUCUGCAUCGCAGAAAAGUGGGGCUCUUGGGUAACGUGCAUGACAGAUUUAAGAGUCAUGCCAGACAAGCAUGACAAACCUGCAUUCUUCCACCAGACCCAGACAUUUUUGCAAUCCAUACCGAUAUGGAGAAUGUGACGAAUCUGCAAACGCCACUACAGGAUUUUUCCAAACACCAGUAUCCAGGAAAAAAACUGUGCGAGUGUAAGUUUCUUGGAGGAAUAGCAUGACACAGAUUCAUCUCUGUCAUGCGCAGCUAGUACGUGAAACUGAAAGCACGUACGAAAGUUGCUUCUGAUGCAUGUGCAGCAUGACAAGUGUAACAGUUUUGUAUUUUCUGCAACACAAAGUUACACUAACGCAGUUUUUUUCUUGGAUAACCAGCAGCCCUCGUCCACCUCGUCGCCCUACAACUACCAGCCGGCGAGCCGGUCUCCGGAGCAAAUUUUACAAGAAAAGCUCCGAUUAGGCUACCACGACCGCCACGCGCCGGUGAGCGGCGUGAAGAAAAAUUUAGAUAAGCACGCCGAGCACUACAAGGGCACCGAUUUAACCGUCAGUCACUUGGACGUGUAUCAAGUGCAAAAAUUUCUGGGUCUGGAAGAAUGCAAGUUUGUCAUGCUUGUCUGGCAUGACUGUCAAAUCUGUGAUGCAUGAGCAGGAAAAGGGCGUCUUGGCUGUGGUCAUGCAAAAACGCAGCUCGUCAUGCGAAAAACGAAACACGCACCAGCACAAAAAACGCGUCAUGCUGGGUCCGCCCACCAUUCACAAAUGAGCAUCACAAGUUUCGUCCAGACCCAGGCAUAUUUGCAAUCCAUAACGUGAAAAAGAAGUCAAAGGGGCGAAGCUCGCUGGGAAUGGACAUGGGGAGUAAACUCUACACCUCCAUAUGCAUUGCAAAAGUAUCUUCGUACUCGCAUAAAUGCAUCACAAAUUUCCUCGGCAUGAGAAAUAUAUUUUGUAAUGCGGAUUUAGCCUAAGAAAAAGAUUUGUAAUGCAUGAUUGCAAUACGAGUAGCAGAUACUUUUGCACAGGAUACUCCAAUUGGAAUCACGAUUGGGACGACAAAACGAUUGCGCGGAACAAGGCCAUGAUGGGACUGGAAAACCAGCAAAGUAGCAUAUCCUGUGUAAUAUUAACGUCCCCACCUCCCCAUUGUCAAGAUGGGAAUUCUGCAACACAGAUCCAGAAGUUUUGGGAGUCACGCAUGACAAGUUUUUAUCUGUACGGUAAUCGCGGGAUAGCAAGGACAACCGCAUCACAAAGCCAUCCUGGUAUCCUGUUUACAGCAUCAGAAAUUGCAUAAAUGCGAUUGAUGGAAAUGCGUCUCAUGGGGACGCGCAUUACAAGUUUUCCUGUGAUUGUAAUUCUGCAUGACAACUCUGGGGCGGGGACGUUUUUACACAGGAUAUAGCAAUCUGGCGCUAGACCCCAACAGCAAGUUUGACGACUACGCGACCUUCCGCACCGGCCCGGGCUUCAUGUCCCUGGCGGUCUAUGAAUUGCAAAAGUAUCGUAUUCGUAGUAUUGCAAUACAAAUUAGCUCAGCAUGACAAAUGGAAUUUCUCAUGCUGAGUCAGCUUGAAACAGAAAUUUGUCUUGCAUGACUGCGAUGAGUACGAGUACGAUACUUUUGCACAGGAUACGGUCCCCGCCUCGGCAAAUGGCCUCCGACGGCAGUUCGACGGGCACAAAAACGAGUCCACGAUGCAAGACCUGCUGCACGACGGCUAUGCAAGAGAAAAACUGCGUAAGUGCAAAUUUGUGUUGCAGAACAUGCAACAGAGUCAUUACACCUGUCAUGCCAGACAGCCACGAAGCCCUCUUUUCAUGUGUGUUUUGCCUUACAAGCCACGCAUGACAGCAGGUUUUCUCUGUCAUGUAGAGCAAAUUUGUGAUGCGGUUCCUCAAAGACAGUUACACUUACACACUUUUUUUUUUUGGAUAACGGCCACCACGCCCACAUUGAUUUUGGCACCGGUAACACGAUGGAAGAAGAGGAGCAACGGCAGCAGAUGGUAUCAAAUGCAAAAGUGUCUGGGUCUGGAAGGAUGCAGAUUUUUGUCAUGCUGUUUUUCCAUGACCCGGAAGGUCUGGCAAGCAAGGUCUAGCAUUACAGGUUUUGAGAAGCUGCGUCGAUGCCUAAUCCGCAUGACAAAUCGCAUAUUUUCUCGGUAAUACAAUGGGGCAACUGUUGCUGUCUAUGCAUGAGUAGAGAUUUUUGUGUGUUGUGAGAUGCGCAUCACAAGUCCCGUCUUUUCAGACUCAGACACUUUUACACUUGAUAGAUGGCGGGCUACGUCAAUUUCGGCCUGCAGGCGACCAAGGGCUACCGAUCCAGCUCUCCCAGCUCCAAGCAGGACCAAAUGCGCAGCAAGUACGCAGGUUCGGGGCAGAACGUGUUCGGACAAGGGGCGCAACCGGGGACAACGGGCGCGACACAGAUUUCCGCGAACAACAAAAAUCCGAGCAACAGUAACAACAACCUAGGUCCAGGCAGCAAAACCUCGCAGCCCUUCAACAACCCCUUGGUGGACUUGUCCGCCACGUUGCAAUAUGGAUUGUAAAAGUAUCGUACUAGUAGUAAAAAUCGCAGUUAUUCAUUACAAAUUCUUCUCUUUGGGUAAACCCGCAUCACAAUAAAUUUACAUUUCUCAUGCUGAGGAAAUUUGUCAUGCGAUUUGUACUAUCACGAUGCUUUUGCAGUGCAUAUGCAGAUGAUCAAUGUCUACAACGCGGAGGUGAGGAUUUACCACUACACCCUAUCCUGUGUAAAAAGGUCCCCACCCCAGAGUUAACUUGGGAAUUCUGCAACAUAGAUCCAGAAGUUUUGGGAGUCACGCAUGACAAGUUUUUCUCUGUACUGUAAUGCGGGUUAGCAAGGACAACCGCAUCACAAAUCCAUCCUGGUAUCCUGUUUACAGCAUAACAAAUUUUUGCAUAACACGAUUGAAAAUGCCUUUCAUGGAAAUGCGCAUUACAAGUUUUCCUGUGAUUGUAAUUCUGCAUGACAACUCUGGGGUGGGGACGUUUUUACAGAGGAUUCACCCAGCUCCACGGCAUGUCGUUGCACGUUCUCCUCCGGCACUGCAACGCUUUGGCAGAUUCGCUCAAGAAGGACGCUCAGCUUGAGGUGUCGUUGCCAAAAACGCGCACGGUGGAAGAGUUAGUGCGGUGGCUGGUGGCCACCGAGUGCCACCUGCUCCUCGGGUUUUACCUGCACCUAUGGAUUGCAAAAAUGUCUGGGUCUGGAAGAAGUCAAACUUGUGAUGCGCAUUUCAGAACGCAGAAAAAUCUCUCAUGCAUAGGCAGCAAAAGUAGUUGCCCACUUUCUGUCACCAAAAUGGGGGAUUUGUGAUGCGGAUCCGGCAUUGUUGCGGAAGCUUCUGGAUGAAACCUGUGAUGCUAGAGCUUUCAUGCAACAGACCUUCUGUGUCAUGCAAAAGAGCAUGACUCUUCCAGACCCAGACACUUUUGCAUUUGAUAGCGCCCAGAAUUUGACAAGGAGCACAUGUUCGACCACUUCAGCUCGGUCGAGAACCCAGACGACCUAUCAAAAGGAAUAAUCUUCUCUUCCCAUAUCGAAAACGAAAUUUGUGAUGCUGUAUAGUAUUUGAGUACAGAUGAAAUCGACUUGUGUUGCUAGACUGCCAAGAGCCGCAGUUGUGGCCUCGUUUGCAGGCAAUUUGUCAUGCUGUAUCCCACUUGCAGCGGCCUCCUGUCAUGCUGAAGAUGCAAGACUUUCUCGCGCAGCCCAGCACUACAGACCGCAUCUGUUCCCUUCUAGCAUGACUAAGCUGAGUUGUGCCCACAAAUCUGCAUCACAGGUUUCCGCUUUGAGAUGGGGAGGGGGGAUUUUUCUUCUUGAUACGACCCAGCGGCACACCUGAACCCGGAGAUCGCGCACGAACUCGCGCAAAUGGAGCACGUGGUGGCGAGAAAGCGGUCGAUCUUGACGGUAUCAAAUGCAAAAAUGUCUGGGUCUGGGAGGAUGGAACUUGUGAUGCGUCCUGUGGGGCACACAAAAAUCUGUGUUGCGUGAUCACCAAGAGUUGUCCUUUUUUGACCAACAUGAGCGGCAGUUUCUCAUGCAGGAUUUAGGCGUGAUAGCGAUUUCGCAGAAUCUGUCAUGCUAGGUCCUGCAUUCCACACCACAUGGGCGGGCAUGGAAAAUAUGCAUGACAAGUCUGCAUUCUUCCAGACCCGGACGACAUUUUUGCAUUUGAUAGACGGACAAACUGCUCUCUUCCUCCGAUGCCGUAAACAAGCAGCGCAGCAGCGAAAACAACCGGCAGAAACAUUUACAAGCCGUAUCCUAUGUAAAAACGUACCCACCCCAGAGUUGUCAUGCAAUUCUGCAUGCCAAAAAAGUUUCUCACGCGGAGCCCUAUGAGAAGCAUUUUCUAUUCGUGUUUUGGAAUUUGUGAUGCUAGAAUCAGUAUGGUAGGCUAGAUCUGUAAUGCUUCUGAGCCAGCGAAACAGGAUUACACUACGAGGAAAAACUUGUCAUGCCAAACGACCAAAGCUGUGUGAUUUGUCUAGCAGAUUUGCCAACUUGACUCUGGUGUGGGUACGUUUUUACUCAGGAUAAGCCGCGACGCUGCACAAACCAGUCGACGAGUUGAUUCCGGACGAGCACCCCAUGAAGGAAAUGGCCAUGCUAUCAAAAGGAAAAAUCCCCCCUGCUCCCCAUAUUGAAAUGGAAACUUCUGUUGCUGGAUUUGUGUACACAAAUCAGGUUUGUCUUGCAGGAGAAGAUUGCAGACACAUAUCAAGCCUAAGUAGUAGAGAGGCUUUGGCCCCCUAGGCGCUUAGCAUGACAGACGUCUACGCGGUAGGAGCAAGAGCAUGACAAACCGCCUGUAGAAUGCGGCGGCUGUCUGUGGCGUUGCCUUCAUGCAACACACAGACCAUUUGUGGUCACAAAUCAGCAACACAGAUUUUCGAAAACGCAGACGCACCUUGUCAACAUGAGGAGCAGAGGGGAUUUUUCCUUACGAUACAUGCUGAUGCGGAAGCUCGGCGCCCCCAACGCAAUGAUUGCGUUGGAACUCCGGAAACCGACGAAACCCUUCCACGACCACCACCGAAAAUUGCACGCAGACGGGCUCCGGAUGGUAGAGCAGGCGAAACUGUACGGCGGCAUGAGCUACGCGGGUGGAAGAACAGCGGAUCGGGGAGAUCUGAAAGCCGCCGCGCACUUCGACGAUGACGCCGCAGGUACUAUGCUAGUACUGUAAAUUUGUGAUGCGCAACAUGCAAUAAGUUGAUUGCGCCACCUAUCAUGCUGUGGCUGCAUUGUGCGGCCCGUUUAAGCAGGGCGUUUGCACGUACCAUCUGCGCAUGACAGGUUUUUGCUGUCAUGCGAGAGAUAUUUGCUAUGCUAAUUCUCUAAAAAAGUUUAAGCCUACAAUUUUUUGUUUGGCAUUGAUUUUUUUUUUUAGACCACGAGCAUGAGAACAAGUUGAUAAGUAAUUUCGAAUACAACCACUCCAGGCGAGCGCGUGAAAUCUGAGAUGGAAUACGGACUGGGGCAUUUGUAUGAAGUGCAAAUAUAAUGUCUGGGUCUGGAAGGAUGCCGGGUUCUUUGUCAUGCACGUUUUGCAUGACCCAUGGCGCCUGUGAUGCAUUGCCUAGCAUCACAGAUUUUUCGAGGGCUUCCUGAUGCCUAUUCCGCAUGAGAAAUGUCCUCUCAGCGUAGCUGCAUAAACUACUGGGCUCCUCUUGCUGGUCAUGCAAUACAGAUUUUUUUUAUAAUCCAAGGACAGCAUCACAGAUCCAGGGGUAUUUGCAAUGCAUAAUUUGAAAAAACACGAGUUCCACUACGACACCGAUGCCGCGGGACAGCGGCACGAGGAGUUUGGCCUGGGCCACCACAUCCACUUUGUCGACAACUACGCUGUCAUAUGAGAGUGCACAACCCCACCCCCUCCUCCUCAUUUAUGUGGCAUGAUGAACAGCAACACAAGCGCUGGCAAAGUAGAUAAAUGCAGCAGCUUUUGCAUGACAAAUUCCGAGAGGACUGCAGUGCAGCUGUUUUGGGUCAUUCCGGAGUCUGUCAUGCAAUCAGUGCUAGCAGGCAAAUGGUAGAUUUGGAAUUUUGCAUGACAAAUGAGGGGAAGGGGGGGGUUGUGCACUCUCAUAUGUCACGCACGACAAGUCCGCGGCGGGCGUUGCAACCGAGCGGCUAAUAUCCUGUGCAAAAGUAUCGUACUCGUAUUGCAAUCCUGCAUUACAAAUUUUUUUCUGAAGCUAAAUCCGCAUUACAAACUUUAUUUCUCAUGCUGAGGAAAUUUGUAAUGCAUUUAUACGAGUGCGAUACUUGUGCAAUGCAUAGCUAAGCGAGAAGCUGAUUCAGUUUGGGUCGGCCCACCACCAAGACAAUAUGGAUUGCAAAAAUGUCUGGGUCUGGAAGAAUGCGCGAUUUGUCAUGCAGCUUUUCCAUGACGCAAGAGGUCUGGAAUGCAGGACCUAGCAUGACAGACUCUGUGCGAUAUCUCUCAUGCCUAUCCUGCAUGAGAAACUCCCUCCCGACUUGGUCAAAACUGGACGACUUUUGGUAAUCACGCAACACAGAUUCUUGCAUGCUUCAGAUUUAGCAUGACAAGUUGCAUUCUUCCAGACCCAGACGUUUUUACAUUUGAUAGACAAAAAUUGCACGCAAAAAUUGCGGGUGCACAGCCCACUCAGACACUCGCACUUUCAAGGUAUAAUGUUAAUCGAGAAUGAUUUUGUUUUUGUUUUUGUACUAGCGACGAUGAUCAUUUGAUGCUAUCAGCUGAAACAACAGAGGCUGAUCAGGAACGUUGCAGAUGCUGAGCAGGGAUAACGUCGGUGUCUGUUUUCAUUCACGACGGCUGCACACAGCAUGCGUAUCAAUCGUAAAAAUUGACUCGCGACUUCUUGUAGGCCACAAAAAAAACCGGAAAGAUUUCUUCUAUGCAAUCCAGAUGUAAGUACUUUGUGUUUGUCGCAUCUUGUAUCCAAUCAAUCUGCUCGCAUCUUCACCAACACAGAUGAGAAUAUCAUGGCACAUAAUCUUAAAUCUGCAAUGCAAAAAACACUACUAGGCUCCGACGUCGUGCACCGGGUGGAAAUUAGCCCAGGAGAAUACCGGGUCGAGGAUCGUUAUGGAAGCGUCAGGUUUGAAAUCGACAAAGUUGAAAUGAUUUGCCAUGCAUAAAAUGGAUGCCAGUUGUAACCCAGUUUUCAAGUGGCGCAUGACAAAUUUGGGUAGAGCCGAAAUCCAGUUUGUCAUGCUGUUCCGGCAAAGAAGACUGCUCCUGUCAUGCUAUUUCAGCAGCUCAGUUGCUACCACUCAACAGACUUACAAUCUGCCUCACUUGCCUACUCUGCAAGACAGGCACUUUGUGGGCUGCAUUUUUUGCAUGGCAAAUCAUUUCAACUUUGACGAUUUCAAUCCUGACACAUCCAUAAUCGGCAGAAAUUCGGACUUUCGCGGCGGCAUUACGAUCAGGAGUACAAAGACGCUUUUACCACAACGCUAUCAAAUGCAAAUAAAAAUAUGCCUGGGUAUGGAAAAACCGUGUGAUCUGAUGCCAAAAUGUGGAUGAUGGAAAGAACACUUAUUCCGGAUGCAGCCCAGCAUCACAACUUUCCAGAACUACGCUUUCAUCUCAUUGGCAGGCCGCAUGAGAAACUGCGUUUUAAUAUUUGCAGGACAAAAAAAUGGCUGCAACUCCAACUUUAUUUGUUGGUCAUGCAAUACAGAUUUCACAGGAAUGUAAGGCCAGCAUUACAACUUCCAAUUUUCCAAACCCAGACAUAUUAUUUGCAUUUGAUACGAGCCGAAGGGCGACGGGGGAUUUCAGCCCGGGCACAAGCAGAGACGGCAUAUUUCCCCCUUGAGAACGGACGGAUUGAAUUAUCAACGUGAAAAACACCCCCACCCCACAUGAAAAAGGAAAUUUGUGUUGCUGGAUUUCUGUACACAAAUCAGCUUUGUAUUGUGGCAAGGGCGUGAAGGCAUUUUUCAAGCCUGGUUGGGUAUGCAAAAGGCUAGCAGCUAGGCAUUACAGACAGGUUUGCAGUAGGUAAAAGCGCAUGACAGAUUUGCUGUCGGAUGCGAGAUAUGGCUCCCAAUUGCCUCAUGUGCAAGACAAAGCUGAUUUGUGGUCACAAAUCAGCAUCACAUUUUGAGUACGGGGAGGGGGGAUUUUUCCUCGCGAUAUGAAUGGGGAAAUGUUUUCUGCAGAUGGCCGAUCCAAUCAGAUCGUGUAUGCACUGCAAAAGCAUCGUAGUACUAGUAUGAAUUGCAUUACAAAUUUUCACAGCAUGAGAAAUGGAAUUUGUAAUGCUGAUUGACCUGAGGAGAAAGAUUUGUAAUGCAUAGCGUGCAAUUAAUAUUACGAGUACGAUGCUUUUGCAAAGCAUAUCGUGUAUGUGGGGACAAAUUACAGUAAUCAAGUGCAACGAAGCCAACCGAACCAAGUAGUACCGCCAACAUCUUCUUCAGCAGCCGCCGCCGCGGGCUACUCGAAGUUUUUGCCACCAUAUGAAGUGUGCACAACUCCACCCCCUCAUUCUCAUUUCUCGUGCAAAAUCCCGAAUCCAAGCGCUUCCCUUGUAUCACUUUUAUGCAUGACAGAUUCCGGAAGCCCAGCCAGGACUACACUAGAACUGCAUGAAUUUUUUGUCAUGCACAGGCUCCACGUGUGCUGGUGUUUGUAUUGCUGUGCCUGCAAUACAAAUGAGAGGGAGGGGGAGUUGUGCACUCUCAUACACCACGGCAGAUUGUGUCCGAAGUAA